AUGGCAUCCAUCCUCUCUGCUCUUCUCUGCCUCGGGCUGAGUCUGGACCAGAGGACCCAUGUGCAGGCAGGGACCCUCCCCAAACCCACCCUCUGGGCUGAGCCAGGACCUGUGAUGCCCAGGGGGAAGCCCGUGUCCAUCUGGUGUCAGGGGACUGUGGAGGCCGAGGAGUUCUGUUUUGACAAAGAGGAAAGCACAUUCCGCCAAUGCGGAGAGAAACCACUAGAUCCGAUGGACAAGGGCACGUUCAACAUCACAAGCCUGACAGAGGGUGAUGCAGGGAGAUAUCAGUGUUACUAUCGCAGCCCCGCUGGCUGGUCAGAGCGCAGUGACCCCCUGGAGCUGGUGGUGACAGGAGCCUACAGCAAACCCAGCCUCUCAGCCCUGCCCAGCCCUGUCGUGACCUCAGGAGGGAACGUGACCCUCCAGUGUGGCUCAUGGCAGGGAUUUGACAGGUUCAUUCUGACUAAGGAAGGAGAUCACAGGCUCUCCUGGACCCUGGACUCACAACACUCCAGUGGGCAGUCCCAGGCCCUGUUCCCUGUGGGCCCUGUGACCCCCAGCCACAGGUGGACAUUCAGAUGCUAUGGCUGCUACAGGGACAGGCCGCAGGUGUGGUCACAGCCCAGUGAUGCCCUGGAACUCCUGGUCCCAGGGCCCCUUCCCAAGCCCACCCUCUGGGCCGAGCCAGCCCCUGAGAUCCCCUGGGGGAGCCCCGUGACCAUCUGGUGUCAGGGAACCCCAGGGGCUGAGGAGUACCAUCUGUAUAAAGAGGGAAGCCCAGCACCAUGGAAAAGAGAGAAGCCACUGAAGCCCGGAGACAAGGUGAUGUUCUCCAUCACAUACAUGACAGAGCAUGAUGUUGGGAUAUUUCACUGCUACUAUGUCAGCCCUGAUGGCUGGUCAGAGCGCAGUGACCCCCUGGAGCUGGUGGUGACAACAGGAUCCUACAGCAGACCCAGCCUCUCAGCCCUGCCCAGCCCUGUCGUGACCUCAGGAGGGAACGUGACCCUCCAGUGUGACUCAGGGCAGGGAUAUGACAGGUUCCUUCUGACUAAGGAAGGAGAUUACAGGUUCUCCUGGGCCCUGGACUCACAGACACAGCCCAGUGGGCAGCCCCAGGUCCUGUUCCCUGUGGGCCCCGUGACCCACAGCAACAGGUGGACGUUCAGAUGCUAUGGCUGCUACAGGGACAGGCCCCAUGUGUGCUCACACCCCAGUGACCCCCUGGAGCUCCUGGUCCCAGGUGAGUCUGGGAAGCCCUCCCUCCUGAGCCAGCAGGGCCCCAUCGUGGCCUAUGGACAGAGCCUGACCCUCCAGUGCCGCUCUGCUGUCGGCUAUGACAGAUUCGCUCUACACAAGGAGGGGGGACGGGACCUCCCCCAGAGCCUGGUCCUGCAGCCCCAGGCUGGGCUCUCUCAGGCCCACUUCCCCCUGGGCACUGUGAGCAGCUCCCACGGGGGCCGGUACAGAUGCUACGGUGGAUACGACCUCUCCUCUGAGUGGUCGGCCCCCAGUGACCCCCUGGACAUCCUGGUGGCAGGAUGGCUGCAUGACAGACCCUCCCUCUCGGUGCAGCCAGGCCCCAGGGUGGCCUCAGGAGAGAAUGUGACCCUGCUGUGUCAGUCACAGAGCCAGAGGGACACGUUCCUUCUGGCCAAGGAGGGGGCAGCUGAUCCCCCCUCUCGUCUGAGAUCAGAGCACCGAGCUCAGCAGUUCCAGGCAGAGUUCUCCAUGAGUCCUGUGACCUCAGCCCAUGGGGGCACCUACAGGUGCUACAGCUCAAACAGCUCCUCCCCCUUCCUGCUGUCACUCCCCAGUGAGCCCCUGGAGCUCCUGGUCUCAGGUCCCAAAUGGAACAUGAACAUCCUGAUCGGGGUCUCGGUGGCCCUGGUCCUGCUGCUCUCCCUCCUUCUUUUCUACCUCCGACACCAGCGUCAGAGCAAAGGCAGGACAUCAGGUGAGUAGGGAAUGGGCUGAC